GUUUACUUGAUAUUAGUUUAUCUAAUACAAGUACAACACAAUUACUAUUAUUAAGAAAAAUAAAAUGUAAAUAUAAAAUAGAAAAGCUACUUUUUGAAUUUUCUCAAUAUGAUAAAAAUUCCGAAAAUAAAA